ACGUGAGCGUGACAUACGGAGUCAGAUAGAGGGCGAGGUAGAGAGACAUAAAAGCAAACGACGGGUGCGCUGUGGAGAGGAGACCUUUGGAAAGGCUAAACAAGUGGGAACCACCUAAUCUAGAGCAAAAGAAGGAUUCAUUUUAUUUGUGUUUUCGAGUUCCCACGUGUGUUGGCCGUUGCUACUGCAAAGAAAGACCCCAUCCGAGAAACUGAACUUCCUAACAGGGUGUGGAUAGUAUACGAGGUAGAAUUACCGUAUGUGCACACACGGGAGUUAAAGGAAAAUAAAGCCAAUAUUAUAUUUUAUUUUCAAGACAUCUAAUUUGUUUGUAUACCUAGCAGAGCACGGAACGGACAAUACAGUUGCCAUGGAAACCAUUCUGCUCUUCUUCUCUACAUUCUUAGUUUACGUAGCUGCAGUGGCUGAAUCCAGCGAUGAAGAUGGCAAGGCGAAGGAGGUGGACCCAUUUCACUAUGACUAUCAGACCCUGCGGAUCGGGGGACUGGUUUUCGCCGUGGUGCUCUUCUUGCUGGGGGUCCUCCUCAUACUCAGCCGAAACUGUCGCUGCAGUUUCAACCAGAAGCCAAGUGCUCCUGGGGAUGAGGAGGCUCAAGCCGAGAACCUGAUUGUUUCCAAGGUGAAGGAAGAACCCAAAGCUGAGAACUGAAGCACCUGUCCCAGAAUGAAUACACCGGAUUGCUGCUGUUCACCACCACUGAAGAAGAGGACAGUCCAUGGCUAGUGUGGAUUGGGGGUGGGGGUCGCGAAUCUUGGUGUGUGUGUGUGGGUGCAUUGCACAGAGGGUUUGCCAGAUCGGGGGAUAGUGUCCUGUAAAUACAAAUAGUACAAACCCCUAGUUCUACUGUCCUAUAACCAGUGGAUUGUCUGACUGUCUGUCUGUUGUCAGUGUGUCUAUUUGUCAGUUUGCAGUUAGCCAUGUUAACCAGUGAUAACUUAACAGUUCAUCUUACUUAUUGGAGUCCCUCCUUAAUGAUUUGCUGUUGUUAUGAUAAUGUUGUAAAUCACUGUUGUUGUUAUUCUUGUUCUCACGGUUUUACUAUUUUUAAAAGUAGGCGAUACACAUAUGUAUCAUACACAUGUGUAGCAACGUAUAUGCACACAUGAUAUAUAGUUACAUGUACAUGUGUUCAUUUGCAGUGUGUGUUCGGUGUGUUUUACACAGUUGUCUGUUAAACACAUAGCAGAACUACCACAGUUACAGGACCAAGCACAAUAUGGAGCUAUAUAUGCACAUACAAGUUACUUUGUGGCUUCUAAAAUCAUAACUUGUGUGUGUGCAUGUGUGUGUG